UUGUACAUUAUACAUGUGUUUUUUAUCUUUUAGUAUUAGACCAUACGGGAAAAACAGCUACUCGAAUACCAAUCUUCAACCGGCAAUAUUGGUGGUGGCCAGCUCAAGACAUUAUUAUGAACGUUGGAACACUUUACACAGUGACAUACAAUAAGAAGUCCAGCAUCAGUGGGUUAAAAGUGCUCUGGUCAGGGAAUGCCCAAGAAUUAGGUGUUCCCUACGGGUGUUCACGAUGGUACUUCACCUUCAACGAUAACGAAUGUAGCAACCCGGGAAAAAUUGAGAGCAUCAAGUUCAAUGUUUACUAUGAGGCUCUCAAUGAGGUCGUCUACUUUAACAACCCAUUUACAGUUCAAGGUACUUGCCAGGGGAUAUCAGCCGGUGACGUCACUGUAACUUUAAAAGUCGGUCUUUGCGGCCUUAACUAUGUGGGGCAGGAGACGUUAACAUCCUGGGGAACGAAGACUUCACUUAUGAUAGAGGAAACAUUUCACGGAUAAUAACAUCAUAUUUCGACUUUCACGCAUCCUGGACAAAAAAGAAUGACGAGAGUAUGAACAGUCGCGACAAACGCAUGUAGAACAGGCCGUUGUGAAAUACUACUGUAUUAAUCUUAAAAUCAACGACUGUUUAUCAUAGAUGUUAUAAUAAAUUUAUGUAAUGUAUAAUAUUGUCGACACUUGAGAGUUUUGAGGCUUUAUCGUAAAUUUGAUAAUGCAAAGGAAUACAGCUGUACCUACCAAUCUGCAUUUCUUUCUGAUGAUCGUACAUAAACAUAGAAUGAGAGACUUACAGGUAGAAUGGCAAUUUACCUUUUAGUGGUUAGUGCAAUCCGUAAAAUCAUGUACUCUCCAUGUGAUCUUUUUCUAUCUGUCUUCGAGUUACCUGUAUGACGUACAAAGAGGGAAAAUAGUUUUUCGAAAUAUGCUUGUUAUUUGAAGUGAAUCAGAACAAGAUUUUGUAAAAAAAACAACAAUCUAGUAAGAUUUCUAUUGAAAUCAUGUCCACUAAUGAGUUUGUUCAGUCUU